AUGAGACUCAUUAAGCCUGCGGGAGGAACUUCGUUGCUUUUUUCAUCCCCAACACCGUUGAAUUUGGUAACAUAUUCAGGUCAAUUCGAGGGAUCGGUGUUAGGAAAAACAUAUACUGGAACAUUCGAUAAUAAAUCGGGAGGUGGAAUUAAAUGGACUGUGACUUGGGGUAGUCGAACUUUUUCUGGAACAAUCCCAUUACCAGCGGCUGCUGCACCUGCUGCUGCUCCUGCUGCACCUGUUGCUGAAGCUGCACCUGCGGCACCUGCUGCUGCUCCUGCACCUGCGGCACCUGCUGCUGCUCCUGCUGCACCUGCGGCUGGAGCUGCACCACCUGCGUGGUAG